AUGGUAAUUUGUGUAAUCUACUGGCUGCUGCCAAUAACCCAAAGAUCCGAACAAGGACCCAAACACUUAGCAUUCACAGCAGGGUCGAGUUCACAUCUCGUAGACAGCUGCUAUGGAGUCUUGACUCUGGGUGUUGGCCAAGGUGCCCAUACCGCAGGUGAAAGCUGCCAACAAUCAGAGCUCAUAAAAAUAACAAUAUCCGCCGGCGCCGUGCGAAAGGAGACAACAACAUAUGAACAGCAAUCCUGUCCAACAUCACAGGUGCCUGUCCAAGCCCACGUGGUCGCAUCCCACCUGACCCGGAGCGACACUGAUCCGCGAGGCGUAGAUCAGGGAAACAAGACCGACCGGCCGGGUUACGACCCUGCUGGACAUCCUUCGGUGCAAGGGUAUAACAACAUAUGCAUCCUGAAAAAGAACUCCAAGCCCUGUCAAUUCUUACCGGACUACACUGCUCCCGAGGAGGAACUUUGUGAGCCAUGGCACGUGGGAGCCGUGUCUGUCCGUUUUGGUCUGGGUCUUGUCAUCUUGAAAGGCUACCUUAGCUGGGCUAGCGAGUGA